CAGGAAGCAGGAAGUGAGAGCGAAGAAAAGUGUGUAGAAUAAUGACACCUCAGUUGCUUCGCUCCUCGCUGAACUGCUUGGUGCCAUUUUUGAGUCCGUUUUCUGCUUCUUGUAAUAAAGUUUUUGCACAAGCCGCAGUUGUACCAUAUUUGCAUUAUUUCAGAAAAAUGAUGCACUAUGAAACGGAGCAGAGAGGACGUCCAAAUUCCCCCGACUAUCGCCUUUAUUUUAAAACCUCUGAUGGGAAAUACAUUUCACCAUUCCAUGACAUUCCAUUGAUAGCAGAGUCAGACCUGAAAGAUGACGUACCAGCUAAAAAACCCAAGAAUGAAAAUGAGGUUCUUUAUAACAUGGUGGUGGAGGUGCCUCGGUGGUCAAAUGCAAAAAUGGAGAUUGCAACAAAGGAACCACUGAAUCCUAUCAAACAAGAUGUGAAGAAAGGGAAGCUCCGAUAUGUUGCCAACAUAUUUCCACAUAAAGGUUACAUCUGGAACUAUGGAGCACUCCCACAGACCUGGGAGGACCCAAACCAUGAAGACAAAGAGACAAGCUGCUGUGGUGAUAAUGACCCUCUUGAUGUUUGUGACAUCGGCACGCAGGUGUGCUCUCCGGGUCAAGUUAUCCAAGUCAAAGUUCUGGGCAUCUUGGCAAUGAUUGAUGAGGGAGAAAUGGACUGGAAGGUCAUCGCUAUCAAUGCAAAAGACCCAGAUGCUGCAAACUUGAACUGUUUAGAGGACGUUCGAAAGAGCCGACCAGGUCAUUUAGAGGCAACCGUUGACUGGUUCAGAAAAUAUAAGGUGCCUGAUGGAAAACCUGAGAAUCAGUUUGGGUUUGGUGGAGAAUUCAAAGACAAGGACUUUGCUGUCGAGAUCAUUAAAUCCACCCACGAGCACUGGAAGGCACUUGUACAGAAGCAAAAACACUCUGGAGGGAUAGAGUGCAAGAACCUGUCCUGCUGUGGCAGCCCUUUCAAAUGCGAUGAUGAUGAGGCCAGAGGAGUUGUCCAGUCGGCUCCUGUGUUUGGUACUGCACAGCCUGUGUCUUCAGAAGUUGACAAGUGGCAUUUUGUGUGAAGCUGUUUUCCUGUCAAAACAUCUUGACGUCAGAUGAAAUGCUCCAUUAGUGCUGGAUGUAGGUGGAUUUUUUUUUAUAAACAGUGUACAAUGUAUGAAGUGCCAUCUACAUUUAAUGUAAUAAAAAAAUUUGAUACACUGGGUCAGCCAGUACGUAUGUCCAGUGUUACAAGUGAAAGGUGUUUUGGGUCACAUGUCAAACUUUAAUACAAAUCUAUUGGUUUAUAAUUCAGAGAAAAAAUAUUCUUUUGUUUAUUCAUUAGGAUGUAUAUACACAUUACUGAAUCAUUGGUGCCAACAUCUCUGUUGAACCUUGUGGCACUGACACUAAGGCUGUAAUCUGACUCCACACGUGAACAAUUUGUGUCCAACAUCUUUCAACUGUUUGUUUAAAUAAAACAUUUUGAACGUG